AUGAAUAAAGAUCCAUUCGAGUCUUCAACAGGAAAUACCAAAAUCUCGAAUGAUUACAAUGUUAAAGCAAUCCCUAUCACUACAUUUAGUGGUGAACGCGUUUCAAUCCCGAAAUAUGAUUGUUUUCCUAAAUAUAUCGAACGUUUUGAAAAAAUCGAUAUGAAAAUUCCAGAACUAAUACCACCCAAGCCAAUUGAAGAGAUUAAUGUAUCAGAAACAAACUUAAUUAAUGAAUACACACCAAAAACCUACACAGAUUUAAUUUCAGACGAAAGAACAAACAGACAAGUUCUCGAAUGGAUGAGGCAUUUCCAAAAUGCAAAAAGUGAGCGCAAGAAACCAAAGAGAACAAAGAAAUUAGUUGAUUUGACGAAAAACUCGAAAUUUGAGCAGCCAACUAUACAGCUUUCUCAUAUUUUACUUCUAGCAGGCCCUCCUGGAUCUGGUAAGACUACUCUUAUCCGUAUUAUUGCAAAACAUUGCGGAUUUCAUACAGUUGAAUUAAAUGCUUCAGAUGAUGCAUCAGUUGACAGAAAUCAAAUGAUUCUCCAAAACCAACUUAAUUUUGAACCCGUUUUUGGAGCAAAAACCAAGCCAUUGAUGGUUUUUGAAGAAUUAGAUGGAAUUGGAACAAUUAGCGACAGUGUUCUGAAGGCGAUCACUGGAAAUGCUAGCCGUCCAGUUGUCAUCAUUGUGAACGAUGGUUACGCUCAAAGUCUUAAGAAUAUUCGCUCAAUUGCAACUUUCAUCAAAUUACCACCUCCAAAUUCUACGCAAUUCAAAGAACGAAUAAGAUAUAUUUGCAAGAAUGAAGAAAUCGAUAUUUCUACGCAAGCAAUUAACGAAGUUGCCGAGAUUUCGAAAUACGAUAUUCGCACUGCCUUAAAUACCAUUAGUUUCUUAAGAGCAAGGCAGCCGAUAUCAGCAGAUACAGUUCAUCUCCUUCCUGUUGGCCUGAAGAACUCUUCUCUCACUCCUUUCGACGUUUGGACAACUUUAUUUACUGCGAGCAAGUCGUUUAAGGAUUGUGCGAACGAAGUUGAGAUCUUUGGCAACACAAGACUUAUUUCUACCGGUAUUCUCGAGAAUCUUGAGAAUAUAAGAAACGCAGAUCCGACAAGAAAAAGAUUAGUCGAAAUGUUCGAUAAUCUUUGUUACGCUGAUGUUCUAGGAGACUCAGAAGCAUCAGAUAUGGCCAUUGCAAGCUGUUCCAAGCUUUGUGGUGUUCAAAAUGUUGGAAGAAACAUCGCAUUUCCAACUUCUUCACUCGGAUUCGAAGGAUCUAUGAGGUCAACUGCCAAUUCAUCGAUGCUGAAGAACCCUGUGUUCAGAACUGGCAUUGAUGUAUAUCGUAGAAUCCUUUGUUUGCCACAAGAACAAAUUAAUUAUGUCAUCAAUAGGCAAGGAGAGUCAUUAAGGAAAAGAAUCACUGCUAUGCAUCAAUGCAUUAAGAUUUCUUAUAAGAAGAAUGCAUUUGGACACUAUACUUCCGUUCCUGAUGUUGAUAAUAUUAUUGGUUUGAAUAAUUUCUCAAUAAAUAACUUAACAAAGUACAGAGAAUGUAUUCAAACUGAGAUUGAAUCACAGGGAUCACUUCUAAAAGAACUUUCCAUUACAGGAACUCGUAUUCAGGAUAAACUUGGCAAAUCACAGAGAAGAGAUCCAAUCAGAAACUUCUGGGGUGAAGAAAUGGACUUAACCCAAACUCAGGAAACCCAAAGAAACACAGGUGGCCUCAAAUUUACUUAUAAUGAAGGUUUCACCAACGCUGUAAGAAGAAAAGUCUUGGUUCAGAGAAUUUUAAUGGUCUAA